CUCCGUCUUGCCGUUUACACCGUAUAACGCUAGGCACCAGUCAGGCGUACAAUCACUUCCGGGUUGGCAAGACGUGUCAAAAAUGUCGAAGGUAACGUUCAAGAUUACUCUUACAUCGGACCCGAAACUCCCGUAUAAAGUGCUGUCUGUGCCAGAAGGUACGCCAUUCACAGCAGUGCUAAAAUUUGCUGCGGAAGAGUUCAAAGUUCCCGCUGCUACAAGUGCUAUUAUAACAAAUGAUGGUAUUGGAAUAAACCCUGCACAAAGUGCCGGUAAUGUGUUUUUGAAACAUGGAUCUGAACUUCGAUUGAUACCCAGAGAUAGAGUAGGACAUUGACGUAGAAUCAUCAUCAUCUAGGAUUUAUAAAUUAUACCAUACCCAAAUGAGUUCAGGCUUUACUGCAGAUAAAAAUGUCAAAUCUAGUAUGAAGAUCGCCAAAAGCUUCACGAGGAAAACACAACGAGCAUGCUGGACAUCAAAGAUUUAUAGUUUCUAAGUUUGUUUCUUUCUAAUUUGUCUUAUUCUUUUAAAUUUUGUGUUCAUGGACUUCAUUUGACUUUUUGUUUUGAAUUUCACAGACACGUACUUGACCAUCACAAAAGAUUAUAGACUGGUGUAAAAUGUAUCAUAAAAGCAUUGAUAUUAUAAAACAAAGAUUGUUGUUAAUUUGUAGAUCUUUGCUGGAUCACUAAAAGUCUUGUUAUUUCGCAAUGCUGGUUCGUGAUUGACAUUGUUUGUUUGUGAUGUUUAUUUCAUAUUUCACUUUAUUAAUCAAAAUGCCUGAGUUUUCUUUAGAAAGAAAGGUAGCUUAUUGGUGCCUAUUCUGGUUAUUUCAACCAUAUACUUUUUAAAGAAAAAACAAUAUAAAAUGGGAUAAAAACAAGUUUAUUAUCGGUCUGAUGGGUAUACGUGUUUUGACAGAAAUAUAGAAUAUACACCUCUUUCAAGAAUUUUUUUUCAUUUUAACUUAAAAGUUAUGUUUUAUUGGACACAGUUGACAGAUUUUUCUUGAAGAGUGUCUACAACCAUCAGACGAAGCUUUAUUUAAUUUGUUGCACAGUUCAACCUUGAAACAGAUGUAUACCUUCCUUUGAUAUUAAUGUCAUAUUUAAGCAACUGUAGUUUUUGUCACUUUUUUAAAGACAUACAGUGCCCACCUUUUUAAAACAGUUUGUCUUAAGAUAGUUUCAAAUGUAUCUAACUUUACUACAUAUAUAAAUUGUGUUGGUAAAGAGAUAUUCGAAGUUAAAUACAAGCAGUAACAGUUGUUUGGUAAAAAAAUCUUAUAGUUUAUAGUGGUAGAACUAUACACAUUUAUACUGUCUUUAGCUUUUCAGGUAUUAAGUGUAAAAACUAUUUUUUUUUUAAAAACAUUUUUCUCUGACAAAAAACAGCGAACAUAUAAUUAUUUGAAUGAAGCAUAUAACGGGUGACUGGAUGUAUCUUCUGCAUGUGAGAGUUGUAUUGUGAUGUUUUGACCUGGUGAGCAGUACCCGAAUUUGUAAUCGGUGUAAAGAGUAACUACCACUUUAUAAUAUUAAUAAUCUCUGAAAAAAAAUGUACACCAUUUGUCAAACACUUAUUUCUUUCAUAACAUUGAAAAUUUAAACCAUUUUUGUCUUAAAUUUCAUAAUUAUUUACUAUGUUAAAUAUUUAAUUCACAUUUGACAACAAAGGCAAUGACGGGUGUUGUACAUGUUGAUCAUCUUAGGUCAUAAGCCACUAAGUUAUUUUUAAACUUUUUAAGUGCUUUACUAUACAGUUUAUUGAUGUUUUAUAUAUAGCUUGAAUUUCAUUGGUUGUUUGUUAACUGAUAUGUUAAAGAUGAGUACUGUCUUCUUCAUGGGAUAUAUUUGAAAAUUGUUUUCAUCAAUAUACCAUUAUUUAUAAAUUUAAGUUGUUUUGUUGUUGUUUGGUUUGAUAUAAAAGUUCACGGUCCAGACAGGCUUGGGACUUUCUGGUUUUGAAAGUACGAUACAAACCAAAGUACUCAAUGAUAUUCUCUGGACUUUUGGCUGGACGUUGAUGUUUCAAGUUUUUCUCAGGUCACUGCCGGUAGUGUUGCUAGCAUUUUUGAGCUCCACGGGCCUUUUUGCACCAAGAAACAUGUUAUUUUUCUCUCCAUUUUCGCAGAACUUUGCAAAUUACAGACGUCCAAAAUGAAAACAAAUAUUGCCGAGACGCUUACUUACAUAUCCGAUAAUUACUUUUAUAUAAAGCGACAAGCGUCUAGAAGCAGUCCCGUGAUUAUCGAUAAAUUAACUGCCCGAAAGGAGUUUUUAAAGAGAAAAGGACAGUUUGAGCGAUUUCCCCGAUUUUCUAACGUGAUCGUGAAAAUAUUCGAGUGCCAUGAUUUUCUACUCGCAUUUUUUUAUUCUUACUCGAAUUUUGCGAGUUAGCGACCGUUAAAUUCGAUCCCUGUGAGGAAGCCAUCCAGCUGGCUUACGGAAGGUCUGUGGUUAUACUCGGGUGCCCACCAGUGAUGGAAAAAUGCACAGAGGGGUACCUGGGUCUUCUCAACCAUUAAAGCUGGAAAGUUGUCAUAUGACCUAAUUGUGUCGGUGCGACUUUAAACCCAAGAAAAUAAAUAAAUACCGGUAACUAAAUAUUAAUUUUCACAGGUGUUUUUGAAUUUGCGUGUCACUUUGUUCACAAAUGUUAGCAAAAAUAAAACGUUCAUGGAUAUUUACCGAUUUACAGUAAGUAAGUGGUGUUAAAAGUAGAAACUAAUGAAACGUUUGAUUGUUUUAUGCAAAUAAAGUUUUCAUUUAGACAUUUUCAGAAUCAUUCUCUUACUUUGUUUAUAUUUGCAUCGAACGAUAUUAUAUUUCAAAACUUAUAAUAAUUAUUUCACAAUAUAAUGAUUAUUGUUCUUUAUAGAAGGUUUAUUAAAUUCUUUUCUCAUUUUAUAGCUUACUGGUAUAUAAUUGGCACUUUCCAGAAAGUUUAAUUUUGAAAUAAAGCAAGAUGAAAACUAUUUAUUCUCAACAACUAGUUUUUCUAUUUUCAAUGUAAGUAUAUUGAGCACAUGAGUAUUCUCGUUAGUACUGCUGUCCAUAUUCUAGUCUUUUUAUAAAAUUAAUUUCUUGUUUCUUUGCAAAGUCUACCAAUGUCAGGCAGUUGAAUAAUUGAAGGAUCAAAAUUUACUUUUACUGCCAAUCAGUAUGUUACCGAUAUAGGGAAACACGGGAGAAAAUAAUCUCAUCAUUGAUAUCUACGUUGUGGAGUAAGAAACUUCAAGGUGUAUUAGGGUGUAGAUAUUCAAAUGUUAAGGUGCUGAGAAAAAUUUCAUGUCGUAUUUAGGUUCUGAAAUCUCACCACCAUGAAUCCUGUACUGUCUGAUUUCACCUUUGCGGUAACAAGGUUAAAAGACAAUAUCAAUCAUAUUAUACAUCUUUCUAAAGCACUUGAAGAGUUUUUUUAAUUUUUAAAAUGUCUGGAUUAGAUUUGAACUCUAGUAUAAAUCCAGUGAUCAGUGAAACUGUAUGAAACUUCCAAAAUAUCUUAGAUCUUAGUUAUAAAGAGAGCAUGUUUAUGAAAAAAAAAUUCAGUUUGAAAAAGAAGUUUUUUGGAUAUUAUAUAUAUUCAUGGCUUAAAAUUGUAUACAUGGAUUUUCCAUUGAACAUGUCAGUUUUUGCUACCGCCAAACCUGCAAAUAUAAAGAAUGAUGUUUAUCUCACUUUGAUGAAGAAAUUCAUAAACAACGCUGCUACGGAUUUGGUGAAUCAAACUUGUUCCAUCUUAACCAAUAAAUUUCUUCUUGAAUAUUCUUGAAAUUUCGAAAUCGAAAAUUUUGAUAGCAUGCUGUAAAAUAAAAUAAAAAAGGGAAAAGAAAAUUAUAUAGUUAUGGUAUUCAGUGAUACUAAGUAUUUUGCAUACCUUUACUGGAUAGACUUGAAAUACUUUAUUGAUUGGAGAGUUAAAAUACCAGCCAGAUUUGAGAUUUUUUCCCUAUGUUUUCUCAAACAAAAUAAAUCUUCAUUUGUUUCUGAUGUAAUAUUUAAUGAUCGUAUUUAUUAAUUUAACUAAAAAUAAAUUGUUUUAUAAAGAUA